AAUCAACUUUUUGGAAAAAAAAUAGAGCCCAAAACAAACUAUAGUACUUAUCUUAGGACAUGCUCAACAGAAGAUAAACAAACUUGUUUCUCUUCCGACUCCAAGUUGAGCGAAAGCUGGAUUUUUUCACAAUUAUGUCAAUUUUCUUCCUUUCAUGUCAGCCAAUUCGUUAAGGAAAUUACUCAGGAAGUUUGAGCCCAUCUUCUCCCUACCAUUUGACUUGCAUAUUUCUGCCAUUGCCGACCAGCCAUUCCUCCAUUUCAGCUAUCUUUUAAGCUCAUGUCAUUCCCUCCAAGCCCUCAAACAGUUACAAACUCUGGUCUUGACAACUGGUUACCACAAUAACCUCCUAAUAUGCACCAAGAUUGUAUCUUUGGCUGGUUCGUUAUCGCCCACAAUGGACUAUGCACGAAAGCUGUUCGAUCAAAUGCCUCAAAGAGAUGUCUUUGCUUGGAACACCUUGAUUCGGGGUUAUUCCAAUCUGGGUCCUUGUCAAGAAUCCAUACUUCUUUACAAAGAUAUGCAUUUACGGGGAAUUUUACCUGAUAACUAUACAUUCCCUUCCGUACUUCGCUCUUGCUCUGUUCUGUCAGCUUUGAGGGAAGGUAGGGAACUACAUUGUAACAUAAUUAAACAUGGAUUUGAAUCUGAUGUGUUUGUACAGAGUUCUUUGAUUACUCUGUAUGCACAGAGCGGGGAGACUUUGGAUUCGGAGUUGGUGUUUGAUCAAAUGAGAGUGAGGAAUAUAGUUUCUUGGACUGCUAUGAUUGCAGGGUAUGUGCAAAAUGGAAUUCCUGAGAAGGGAUUGGGAAUUUUUCUCAAAAUGGUCAAUUCGGGUACUCUACCUAAUGCUAUUACUUUGGUGAGUGUGCUUCCUGCCUGUGCGCGGUUGCAGUGUUUGGAUUUGGGAAUGUUGAUUCAUGGAUAUAGUAUUAAGUUAGGGGUGGAAACAGAUGUUUCACUCGUCAAUGCUUUGAUUGCAUUCUAUGGGAAGUGUGGACUCGUUGAUGUCGCUUGGUCUUUGUUUGAUCAAAUGAAGGAGCAUAGUGUGGUUUCAUGGAAUGCAAUAAUUGCUGCUUAUGAGCAAAAUGAUGUUGGUUCCUCCCCAAUAAAGCUAUUUCAUAAAAUGCUAGAUCAAGGUGUAGAGUUCGAUUAUAUUACAGUAGUUACUGUUAUUUCAGCUUGUGCCAGGUUGGGGGCACUUGAUACUGGAAAAUGGAUUCAUGAGCUUGUCAAAAGCAAAGGUUUGGAAUGCAAUGUUCCAAUCACAAAUGCACUUAUCGAUAUGUAUGCAAAAUGUGGGAGUAUAGAAUCAGCUAAAGAUGUUUUUGACAGGUUGCCGAAUAGAAGCGUGGUUUCCUGGUCAUCAAUUAUAGGGGCUUGUGCUUCACAUGGUCAUGGGAGAGAUGCUCUUGAGUUCUUCUCAAGGAUGAAAGAAGAAGGAAUCCAACCUAAUAGCUUCACCUUCACUUCUGUAUUGACAGCUUGUCGACAUUCAGGUCUUGUAGAGGAAGGGAGGAGGCACUUUGAGAGCAUGAGAAUGGAAUACUCGAUAAUGCCAGGGGUGGAGCAAUGUGCUUGUAUGGUGGAUCUUCUAGGAAGAUCAGGCCAACUUCUUGAGGCUUAUGAAUUUAUAGAGAACAUGCCUAUUGAGCCUGAUGUGAAUGUUUGGGGAGCUUUGCUUGGUGCUUGCAGAAUUCAUGGCAAUCUUGAGAUGGCAGAAUAUGUAGCAGAUCGACUAUUUGAUUUCUAUCCCCAGACAGUUCCUUUCUACAUACUCAUGAAAAAUAUCUAUGCUGAAGCCGGAAGGUGGGACGAUGUAGCUAGGUUGAAAUUUUUGUUGGAAGAAUUGGAAGUGGAAAAGAUUCCUGGCAAAAGUUCAGUUGAGAUAAAUAGACGGAUUCACACGUUUUUGUCUGGGUCAAGGAUUUCAAACUUCUCAAGAGUUUCACCCCGUGAAUAUGUUCAACUGAAGUAUUAGCAAGCAGCUUUAGUAGGAGUUUGGCCAUAGAUUCCAAAUCUUUUUAACUUUAUUUAGAAUUUAUGGAGUUUGAGUUGAAGAUAGAGUUGUGUUUGGUUAUACUUUUUUGCAAAGAAUAUUUGGAAUAAUGUUCAUGUAUGAGUUUGCCUAAAUACAACUUCAAAAGUGAAAAGUGAGUUUGAAAACAGACCAAACUUCAAGUUGGAUUUGGUAUUUUCAUGGCUGAACACUGAUUUCCAAAUAAAGUGAAAAAUUAUUUUGGAAAAAGUGAAUAAUUUAUGGCCAAAGGGGUCCAGUCUUGUUUUUAAGCAUUAGAGUACUAUUAUCUGUUACAGUCAAUUGAAGAAUGCUUUUGGAGCUUGGUCAUGCUGGACUUUUGAGCCAGAGACCUUGGCUAUGAAGUAAAUCAUCACAGCUAUGUCCAAACAAUUGGGAGAAAUUCAAUAGAUUCCUUCUUGAGAUCAAGUCAUCCUUUCCAAACACAACAUAAUUGUCCUAAGCUCUCCAACUGUGCUUCUGAAGAUUGGGUAAAUUUGAUGGUUAUCUAUGGAAUAUUAACUUGGGUGGGGAGAAUGUAGAUGAUUGUAAAAUUCAUCAUCUCGAUCUUCCGACUGGCUUCUGUUGACCAUAGUUUGAAUCUCUGAUCGUAAAGUUUUGUCCAAAUUACUGGUUGUAUUAACUAGAAAGAAAUUGAAUCUCUUCAGCGCAGCCUUCCUAAGAUCUCAUCAAAUUCUGACGUAAGUGCUCAAACGAUGAAGCAAGACUAUCUUUAGAAAUUAAAUCUUCCAGAACACAUGUUGCUGUGUUGAAGAAGAAACUGGAUGCUCAAUCUCAGCUUUUGAGACAGAAACAGAAGAGUGAUGAUGCAGAGAAACAUUUUCAAGAUGAAAUCCACAGAAUUAAGACAGAAAAGGUAUUAAUGCUGGAGACCAUCAAAAACAAGAGAGUAAACAGGAAAGAAAAUACUUGCAGAGAUCCUAACAAAUCUACAAGUUCCAUCUCCUCUAUAAAGAUAUUAUACAAUUCCAUUUUACUAUCUGAACGGAAUUGGACCGGUCUUCAAAGCAAGCUUUUGCUAUUCUUCUCCCUCCACACAGUCCACCAGAUGCAAUGUGGUUCUCCACCAUCUCUUCUGGUUCUUGCUUCCUCUUCUAAUCCAACAACUCAAAAAAUCUGCAGUAUGCUUAGGUAUGGUCCAGUUUGUGUCUGGUAGAGUAAAAAAAAAAUGCCAUAGCUAUGCAGAGAAUAUGCAGUGCUAAAAAGGGUGACUGCUGGUCUCUUUGGCUUUCCCACAUAGUUAAUAUUAGGAAAUAAUAAUCUGUCCCUUUUUCUUCAAAACUUCUUGUGUCAAGCAUGCACUCUGGCCACCAACCAAGUAAAACAUUUAAUCUUGGUUGGUACUAUGUUUUUCCUUACAUUUCUCCAUAAGCUUUGCUGGUGUCUGUUUUGUUCAAUUUUUAUACUGUUUUUCCUUUUGACAGAGAAUAUACCAUCCUUGCUAUGUUUCCAUCUCAAAGCAUCUGGAUCUAAGGUAAUGCCUGAGGUCCUCUAGGCUAUGUUUGGUGAAAGUGCUGCAUUACUGAUGAGCUGUUUUCUGCUUUUGAUAUGACCUCCACCUUCUCAAUUGGCAAACUUGGAAACAAAAUCUUUCCUUUUCCUGCUUUAAAUUAUUUCUUGUUUGAAUUGCUUGUAGAAAUGAAAACAAUCUCUGGCAGAAAUGCAAGGUAAGGCUGGGUACAAUAGACCCUUGUGGUCAGGCCCUUCCCCGGACCCUGCGCAUAGCGGAAGCUUAGUCCACCGGACUGCCCUUUAAUUGCUUGCAGAAAUUGGUGUUUAGAACACCCCAUUGGAAGGACAGACAGCUGUCUCUAAUGUGCUAAGAAGCAUUGACAGGCAUGAUUAUGACUUGAAGCAAAAGGCGUAUACCCUGGACUCUCUAUAACAUAUCAAUUUUGAGUCUACUUGUAUUUGUGGUGGCUAACAUGUUCCACCCUUUCUGCAGGGGAAUUGGAGUUUCUUAAUCUACAGUGGCAGAGACAAAUUCGACACUGAUUAUGGUUUAGUAUGUAUUUGUUCGUGCAGUAAAAAAUCUCCAUGCAAGACAAACAGAUGUGAAUGCCGGGCUGUAGUGGUUCUUGUGGGGGUAUCAUGUGGUUGUGACCUUAUAAAGUGCAGCAACAAAGAGAGUUCUACCAAGAACCAGUUUCCCUCAUUAGAUGUUGUAGGUGAUGAGGGAAACACAUUGGUAACUGACGAAGCUGAGAGUAGCCAAACGCUAGCUUCUCAAGGCGCAAUGUUACUUCAGAAUGCAGUUACUGAAAAGCCAAUGCAGUCAAAAGGAUGAGGGUGAAACAAAAAGAAAGCCUCUAUCUGACAUUGGAAUUUGGAAAUACCAUGGAAAGCAAUCCCCUAGCUGUCUUUUUUAGUUACUGGCCAGACUUAGGCUGCAAGCUCUUUUGUUUAUACUCUGUCACAAUUCCUUAAAACAACACACCUUUCUUGGUGUUGUAUAGCCUGUGGUGAUAAUAUAUUUAAGUUCCUUCUGCACAAAUAAUGUGUAUUCUUGUAAAUCAAGCUUUUCUUUCUUUAGUAAUUUUACCGGCAAAAUCAAAUGCACCAAAAUCCAAUUAAUGGUUG